AUGGGCUAAAAUAAUAACAAAUUCGUUGCAGUUUAUAAUUCAGGACCGAAUGUCCCAAUGAAUAUAGGGAAGACUAUGCCCCAAACUCAAAGGUCUAUCAAUUUGAGAAGUAAAGGAAACAACAUUAACAAUUAAUCCUCUUAAAACUAAAAUUCUGCUAAUAAUAGUGCUAAUUUAACCGGAUCUAAGAUAAGUCGAUCUUUUAAUUUUGAUUUGGUGAACAGCACUAGACCUAACUUGCCUUACAGCAUGAUUGAGCAUCCUUAGAAAAAUGGAUGCGAUGCAGUUUACGCUUGUGGGCCGCUUAGCAGACAAAGAUACAUAAAUCCAAAAUUGGAAAAAGAACUUGUCGAUUUCAAAAAGGAAGUUGAAGAUAAAUUUUCAAAGUCGCUUUUAUCUACCUUCGCAUAUCCUAGAAUUUCCCUUCCUCAUGAUUCUUAAGAUGAUUUAACUUUGAUCAAUAUUGAUCAUAACAAUGACCUUAGCUAAUUCUUAUCAGAGGCUGAGGUAAAUUAUUCCAAGGCUUAGAGAGCACCAAAGACUGUUAGAAAACUUUUGGAUCAUACAAGUUUUCUUAACUAUUAGACUGAAGGACUAGGCAGUGCUAACUCUAACAUGCAACCCUCCAUCAAUAUGUCUAUAAAUUAUGAGUAAAUGCAUGAAAAUGGAGGAAAUAACAGUAAUCUCGGAUCAAUUCCAAUUCUUAAAAAGAAUUAGAAAUACGAUUAGCAACUAGAAAAUAUACUGAAAAAUUCAGGGGUAAUGGAGAAAACAGCUAUUUUAAGAAAAUUGGAAAAUCACAACAAUCAAAAUCAUUCUAGAUUUAAAGAUGGAAACAGUAGCUUUAAAAUGCCUGAUUUAAUUAACAAUAACAUGAAUAGAAGUAGAUAUUAAGAAAAUGAUUCAUAGCUGCAUGGCUCUAGUAAAGAUAGAUCAUCUAAAGUGAAAACUCAUAGAUAUCCCUAGAACAUUCCACCUGUAAAUCAUAAGAUGAGUAACAUCAUUAAUGUAAACAAUCCCUAAGUUAUUAUUCAAUCCCCUCAAAAUAAUACUAUUAUCCUAGUUGAUGGUGCUAGCAUGAAGGAUUCUAAUAGCAGAAAUAUUAUCAAUCAAUUGGAAAAGAGUGGCCUUAUCUCAGGCAAGUACGAAAAUCACUCUAAAGAUAACCACAUUAACAAAAGAAACUUGCAGCAAUCCAGAAUCUUCGACAACUAUGUGAAAAAUCAGAAAAUACUUAAUAACAGUAUGAACCCCACAGUAAACCUAGUAAAUAAUAACAUCAGCUAAAAUGCUUCAUCAAGGAAUCAAAUGAAUGUUUCAACCACAAAAAACAGAGCAAAGUAUGAGACUAAUAACAGAUCUAUGGCUAGAAACUACUAGUAUUCUGUGGCUGAGAAGGAUUAAGUUUCUAAAUCUUUUAUUUUCCCACCCUCUUCUCUUGGUAAAAAGUAGCUUUGA